GAAAUAAUGGCGGAUGAAGAAGGCGAGACUGAAGUGCAAGAGAUGGAAGUGGACAGAAGAGAAUCUGAUGAGUCUGCUGAUGAUGAAGCAAAGGAAAAGCCAGAUCGUGUGGAUGGAGGGGUGAAGAAUGGUGAAGUGCCACUAGGAGAGGCAGAUGCACCAGUGGAUAUAGAGACCAUUAACUUGGACCCUGAAGCCGAGGAUGUUGACCUGAACCAUUUUAAAAUAGGAAAGAUUCAAGGCUUUGAGGUGCUCAAGAAAGUCAAGACUCUCUGUCUGCGCCAGAACCUGAUAAAGCUGAUUGAAAAUCUGGAGCAAUUGGUAACACUGACUGAGCUGGACUUGUAUGACAAUCAGAUCCGCAAGAUAGGGAACCUGGAAACCCUGAGAGAUCUCCAAAUCCUGGACCUCUCUUUCAACCUCCUGAGACGCAUUGAAGGAUUGGAGUCAUUGUCUCACCUGCAGCGCCUUUACCUUGUGAAUAACAAGAUCAGCCGCAUUGAAAACUUUGGAACCCUAACGCAGCUCCGCUUGUUGGAACUGGGCUCUAACCGGCUGCGGGUGAUUGAAAACCUGGAUUCUCUGCGAGAACUCGACAGUCUUUUUCUUGGUAAAAAUAAAAUCACUAAACUCCAGAAUUUGGAAACUCUGACAAACCUUACUGUUCUGAGUGUGCAGAGCAAUCGUUUAACAAAGAUUGAGGGUCUGCAAAAUCUUGUGAACCUACGAGAACUGUAUCUCAGUGACAAUGGGAUCCAAGUCAUAGAGGGACUGGAAAAUAAUAACAAACUGACUACCUUGGAUCUAGCUUCAAACAGGAUCAAAAGAAUUGAGAAUAUCAAACACUUAUCAGAACUUCAGGAGUUUUGGAUGAAUGAUAAUUUGGUAGAAAACUGGAGUGACUUAGAGGAGCUGAGUGGAGCCCCGGGCCUACAAACCGUAUACCUGGAGAGAAAUCCUUUGCAGAAAGAUGCCCAGUAUAGGCGUAAAAUUAUGCUGGCCUUACCCUCUGUGCGCCAGAUUGAUGCAACUUUUGUCCGCUUCUGAGAUAGUUUUGGGAAUUCUACAUCCCGCUGCUAUUGUUGCAUCACAGAACUGAGUGUAACAAUGAGAGCAAUGAUGGCAACAUCUGGUCCUUGAGAUGAUUUUCUGGAAGUUGUAGUACAAUAUAGGGAGGAGCCAGAGGUUGCUCAUUUCUUCCUGUGAUGCCUCAUGCUCUUUUAUGCCAUUCAACACCAUUAUCUGUGCUUGUCAUGCCCUAACACUAAGCCUGUUUGCAUGGCUAUAUCACUCCAAAUUUAGACCAUAUCAUGUUGUACCUUUAUUGGCAAUUUCCAUCCUCACCUUCCCCUGGCAGAUGUCACUUCUAUACAGAUAAUUCCUUCAUAUAGUUGGAAUAGCAUUGCUCAAAUGCCCUAGAGAUAGAGAAUUAGGCAGUAGUUUCUAGCUGCUCCCUACAGCCCACAAAUUGC